AUGUUUGGAGGCUUUGAAUCCUUCUCAAUCACGACUGAGACGGACCCCGUCGUCAUCAAUAUAUUCGGCCGCAUCAAAAGAAUUCCAGACUCUCCUCUUCCACCUCUCCUCUUACUCCACGGCUUCCCGCAGAGCCACCACAUCUGGCACGAGGUCACGAGACAGCUAGGCCAGAGCUGCUGCUGCUACUCCAUUGUGCUCAUCGACCUCCGCGGCUACGGAAGCUCGUCCAAGCCCGACAAGGUCCACCACUAUGCCAAGAGCGCCAUGGCAAGGGACUGCGUCACGGUCAUGGACUCGCUCGGCUUCACUGACCGAUUCUUUGUGUGCGGCCACGAUCGCGGCGCCAGGGUCGCGCACAAGCUCUGCGUCGACUUUCCCGCGCGCGUUCAACGCGCCCUGCUGCUGGACAUUUGCCCGACACUGGCCAUGUACACGUCGUCGGACCAGCAGCUCGCGACUUUGUACUUUCACUGGUUCUUCCUGAUCCAGCCCGAGCCCUUGCCAGAGAAGAUGAUUAGCGGGUGCGCCCGCGUCUUUGGCGAGUUUUGCCUGGGAAUCGAAGACGAAAAGGACCGGGCGUCCUUUGACGAGACCUGCCUCGAGCACUAUCUCAGCGCCCUGGAGCGUCCAGACGCCGUCCACUCCAUGUGUCAGGAUUAUCGAGCCAGCGCAACGCUCGACCUGGACGAGGCGAGAGAUGAUCUCGGCCGGGGGAGGCUGAUUCAGUGUCCGUUGAGGGUCCUAUGGGCCGGGCAAGGUGUCAUUGGCAAGUACUUUGAUCCUAUUGAAGAGUGGCGAGCUGUGACAGACGACGGCGCCGUCGUUGAUGGCCGCAGUGUUGAUACCAACCACUUUAUUCCAGAGGCUGCGCCAGAUAUUGUGGUAUCAAAUAUACUGGACUUUUUUUCCUAG